AUGAGCAGCAGCGCAAGCGGCACCAGCGCGAACGCGAACGCACCGGCGCUCGACAUCAACGAAUUCCUCGAUAUUGCUGAAUUCAACCGUGGCCUCGCCACAAUCUUCAACAUGGACCUCUUCAACACCCCAGUCAACGAGACUUCCGAUGAGAUCCACUAUAAUACCUUCGUUCUCGCCCGCAUCGUUGAUUAUAAAGUCUCCUCAACAUGUCAAGGUCUCGAGCUGCUUGGAUCAUUCCAAGAAGACUUUGAGGAUUGGGAGGAAGACGACUUCAAGAAGGUCGAUCCAAGGGUCCGUAAGGUCCUACGGAAUACCCUAAGGUUCAGAGGAAUCUAUACAGGAAAGCUGAACGCAAAGAUCACGGCAUUCCUAGUAAAUCUGAAGAACCGUGACCGACUUCCUGAGUGGGAUGAAGACGAUCUUCGUGAUGCCAUCUUAUACGAGAAAACGGCCGCCUACCGACGCCAACAAGAACUCCUCAGACGAUCGCCAUCGCUAGCAACAACCCCAGCACCAACCCCAGCACCAACCCCAGCACCAGUCACUCCCGAUCUAAACCUCCCGCAAGACCCCCCCCCAAUGACCAAUCCCUACCCCUUCCAGGUCCCCAAUGAAGACCUCGAUCCUGCCAUCGCCAACCAGUUUUCUAAGCUAUGGGAUCGAAAGCUCAACUAUUCAGGUGACGCCUACGAUAUCCUAGAUGAUAAGAUCCGUUACUUUCUCGAUGCCUGCCUCACAGCUAGCAUCAAACCGUCACAAUUCCACGCUUUGUUCUCAAAUAUCCUCACGAAGAGAGCAAAGAACUUCUUCGUGCAUCAAGUCAGCCGCGAUUCAACGUUCGCGGAGAUGUAUCAGAAGAUGAAGCAGCACUUUGAUACGGAAGUCAAUAGGCAACAGUAUCACACUGACUGGACCUCGAUCAAUUUCACACAGCUUCGGAAGGAAUCUCCGAGAAGCCUCUCUGUGAAAUCCUCCAGGCUCUUCUUGACAAAUUGCAGCUAUGCCAGAGAGCUCUUGGGAAUAGCUAUGGCGGCGAAGACCAGCUAA